CAUUUAUACCUUGCAAGCCGAUUAUUAGCAGCUCAAUUUUUAUUUCUCUUUAAAAACAAAUAAUGAAUAACGUGUCUCAAUCCAAGGAAUUACAAUUGCGCUUUAGAAUUAAAAAAAACGUCGCGUGAAGUAUCGGAAGGUUAUUAUUGGUGGCUUAACCUCAUCAUCAUCUGAUUCAUCAUCUUCGAGUCAAGAUCAUGUUUCUCUCAGUAAAAUUCAGAGACGAGAUGAACGUGAUUCUUUGAAUUUAAUUAUAAAAGAAUCAUCUGAUGAUGGCAAUUCCACGACAGAUCACUCAAGUCGAUGUGAAAUGGGCAUUGAGCCUUUAACUGAAGACCUUUAUGAUGAUCCUGAAAAAGAUGAUAAUGACAUUCCUUUGAAUACACCAAAAAGAUAUUCUUCCGAUACUGAUGAAGAAGAUACAACAUAUGUCAACGAAGAUGAAUCUGAGACUGAAACUCAAGAUGAAAUAAAUGAUGAUUUUGAUAAUGUAAGAAGCACUGACAGUAACGUUAGUGAUGACGAAGAUGAACCUAAACCUGAACAAAAUGAUCUUUUGUAUCCUGGUGCUCCAAUAACUGUAGCAGAGAGUCUUCUUGCUAUAUUGACUGUAGCUCUCACGCAUUCUCUUACUGGAGAAUGUCUGAGUUCCAUACUACAACUAAUUGCAUUACAUUGCAUUGGUAAUAUCAACAAAAAACUCUGUAAAUACUGUCAAAGCAAAAAUGACAACAGCUUCUUUAUUGAAUUGCCUCUUAUGAAUCAAUUACAGGCUAUGUUUUUGCGACCUGAUUUUGUAGAAAAAUUACAAUUCAGAUUUCAUAGAGUGAAAAAGGCUAAAGGAUUAUUCAUGAGAUUUAAGCUUUAUAACGGAUACUAUGGAUGCAGUCGUUGCAAAAUUAGGGGUACUAGGUACAAAGUGGGAAAAUCGACUGUGCAAGUUUAUCCUUAUGAUGAACGUAUGCAUCUUCGCACUCAAGAGGAAGUACAAAACGAUGCAAAAGCUUCUAUUGAAUUAGGUUUGACAAAAUUGUUAUUGAGAUUAUGGUUUGAUCCUACAUUGGCUAAUGAACCCUAUUCAUUGUCUGGUGUGCUACACGUUAUUGAUGCUGAUCUUAGGAAUAUGCAACCACCAAGUUUUGUACAGCGAAUGCCACGUGCAAUUAAAACUUAUUUAUCUUUGUGGAAAGCCCAAGAAUAUAAAUUGUGGCUUAUCUAUUAUUCCGUGCCUAUUCUUCUUGGAGUCAUGAAUCAGGAAUAUUUUGAUCAUCACCUUCAGUUAUUAUCUGCUGUGUACCUCUUAAGCCGAGACAGUAUUUCUUUCGAUCAAAUUGAAGUAGCAAGAAAUCAUUUGCGAUCAUAUAUUUCAAAAUUUGCUGACUUCUACGGUGUCAGGAAUAUGAGUAUGAACGUUCAUCAACUCUUACAUCUUCCUGAUGUUGUUUUAGAUUUAGGGCCUUUAUGGGUAUAUUCUUGUUUCUUUUUAGAAGAUUUAAAUGGCAAACUGAGUAAAUUGAUUCAUGGAUCUCGUCAUGCAGGACUACAAGUUUGUUCAGGAGCAUCAAUUUAUAUGAAUUUGUACGUUCUGAUUGGAACACUACCUGUUGAUUCUACCGUGAGAAAGUUCUGUGAUCAGCUCAGAUGUAAUAAAAAGAAAAGUAGAAUUGUUGAAAUUAUUGAUCCAAAGACUUAUGUACUUGGAAGUUUGCAACAUUUAGAUGAAGUAUCAUUUAAUAUUCGUGCUGUUCUUGCAAAGAGUUUAGAUAUUAAAAAUGGCAACAUCCAAGUUUUUUAUCGGCUUGAAAGAAAAGGUGUCCUCUUCUCUAGUGCAAAGUAUAGUCGAUCUAAUAAAAAAGUAUCUCAUUAUGUAUCAUAUACUCAUGAGAAGCGUCUGGUAGAAACUCUUCAGAUCUUCAAAUGCGAGGUUGUCGGCUCCGACGAGGACGUCUUCUUUUCCGUUUCAAAGGAGGCAGAAAAGCUGAGUCCGUCUGCGUGGCUCUCGUUACUCGAUCGGCUCUCCUUGAUUCAGGAGGAAGAGGAGAUAAUCUUCGUGGCAGCUCCGGCCACGUUGGAGAGACAGGUCUCCGCGCUCUGA